GAGCCAAGCACAAGUGCUCCGUGUGAAGGAGAUAAUACGAGAUGUCUAUCUUAUGUAGACAGCUUCUACAAGUGCCGUUUUUCGUGGGGAAGGCCGAUAACUGUGGUGGUACACAACACUUACAGCCAACGAUGAAUGUAGCGAUUCUCCAAUUAUGUACAGCUCAAGGCUUGCACUGUUGCCGUCCACACGUCUUCGGCUUUACUGUCUGCAGUGUAGACGCCGAAAUGGAACGAAACGGAUGCACGUGUGUGAGCGUUGGCCAAUCAGAGGCAAGAUUUACUACGGUCGUGCGACACACAUAUCAAAGUCAAAACGGAGGCACAGCACGGUUGUUUUUAAAUGGACAAUGUUCUCUCUCUGCUGACGUCGCCUUCGGUUGCGCACGUUUAUGCGCACACGAGCAGUUCUCUCCUUCCCGUCCUCUUAUACCUCGCCCUUCGUUAUCUCUCUCCACCCCAGAGACACUUGACGCCACCUAUUGUCCUCGUCAACCACAGCACCCCGCACAGUUACGAGCACCUCUGGCACACCGUCAAUGUAUGCAGCGAGCGUGAAUCCACCACGGCGUGCUAAGCUCCAGGCCAUCACAGCUCUCCCAGCACUGCUACCGUCACCCAAUACUUCUGAGUCUCCCUCCCCAAGACUGGUCGCAUCCGGCUGUGUGACUGGUCCGCCGAGCUCUGUUCAAGUUCAGCAAGUUAGAAAGAAGCGCGGUCGUAAGCCCGCUUCAGGUAACGGCCCGUCAUCGCGCGCAGCGAGGGAAGCAGCUCGUAAAGCCAACCAUUCUCGCAUCGAGAAAGCCCGCCGUGGAAAGAUAAAUAAUGCUCUCGAGGAGCUGAAAAUCCUUGUUCCUCCAGACUUUGCUUCGGCGAAGGAAUACGACGAUGAGGAUGGAGACUGUCAUGAGCCAUCACAAGCUUCGCCGACGGUUGGAAAGAAGGCAUCCAAGAAGCAACCCGUAUCGGAGCGUGAAUUCAAGCUCGAUAUCUUGGAACGCACCGUUCUAUUUGUUCGUUCUCUUCUGCAACGAAUCGACGCUGCCGAGAGUCAAGGGGAUGACGGUUUUGCUGCCACGUCCUGUACUAGAUGCUGCUGUAACGAAGAAUGCAAAAGAGACGGCGUCGGCAGGAAGCGGAAGCACGCGGACGAAGACGAGACGAAUCGGACUUGCAAAAAGCGACAGACGACUGCUGUUCAGGACCUAUCCGACGCAGAUGAAGAGCUUGAACAAUUGUCUGACAUUGACGAAGACGGAGAUGAAGAAGACGACGAAAUGAAAACGGUUGCGACUAGCGACGAGGAGGACGAGAUUACAGCAGAGGAGACCGGUCCUGCGGUCCUGCCUCGCUCGCCACGGCACAAGCACGCGAAUAUCAUACAAUUACCCCCGAUUUCGGAGCUGAUUUCGUCAGUAGACAACAUGUCAUCUCGGCCUAGACAGUUACCUUCACCUUCAACUUCUCCUUAUCUCCCUCCGCACGGCAAUCAAACUCAGCGACUUGAAGGUAUAUUCGAGCAGAAACGGGGUGCAUUAUUGCAUCCUUCGCCGUGCUUUUCUCCUCGUCAAAUGUCGAGACGCUGCUCGGUUAACUCGGAGUACGGGACGCUAGCAACAACCACGCAGCAGAUAGGACAGGAUCGAACUGCUCCUUGCCCGGUUGGUAUGGCGUACCUCUUGACACCUCCCUCGAUGGACUUGAGCGGCCGUUCAACAUGUACAUCCGCUCCCGCGCUUCGUCUACCUUCCUCAGCGCUACCUUUCAACGUCAAAUCCAUCGUUCAUCACGAGAUGGAUGGCAGGACCGAAGGUGAAGAAGACGGAAGUGCUCGUACUGCAACACUUGCGCUGUUGCAAAUGCGUGGUGCAGGACCGGCUAUCUCCAAUAUGGAAGUUGGAGCCGCGAAAGUAGUGAAUGAUUCCACUUCAGAAGCGCGUGCAAGGCCAAGUCUUACGCCGGGAUGUAUUCUUGGGAUCGAAACUGAAAAACGGGCAUGA